UGAAUUUGGAAAAGAUCGCCCUCGGUCUGGGUGAGGAAGCGACUCCAAAGGAUAGUGAGGGGUAGAGGGAAGAUCCGGGCGUAUUGCAAUUUAAAACCUGCUCGACCAGUCAAGCAUCUCCAGCCCCACUUGAGGCCUAAAAGUCCCACAUUGGCCACCUCAGAACUAGUGUGGAAGUCAUCCUCUAGCCCCAGCGACCGCCUAAGUAUUAGGAAGAAUUGCCUGACUAGUUGGAACAAUUAACAUUAAGGUCAGAUCCAGUGUGGAUCGAGAAUUCCUCUUAGCAGAUAGCUACCAGUUUAUGUUCAGCAUUUGUUACAAGUUUUAAUGCUUUGGUUCAGAUUUACUGUUAUAUUCCCGUUUCUCCCCCUGUGGUCCACACGCAGGUGGUGUAAUUUAAAGUGAAAUGAAUGUAAUGUCAUACAAUUUGUGGAUUAUUCCAAAUAUUUAACUCGCACAUCCCAGAUGUCUAUGAAUGCAGACAUAUCCGAAUGUGAGAAGCCUAAUUCAUACAUAGAGUCCAAUAAAUUCGUUAAAUGUAGAAUUAUCCUGAAAUUAUUUAAAGUUAACAUUUUUAAUCUCAGGAAACUCUUGAUGAUGGAAUGACCAAAGCUGCAAAUGUAUCAGUGAAUUCGUUUCCUGAACUACUCGAAUCAACCCUGUACAUUAAUUUCAGCUUGGCGAGAACGACCAAUGUAACUAACAGACGCGAUUUCGGACACGCCAUAAAUUUUGUGUUGGGUGGGGUGGAAAUCAAAGCAUUGUAGAUGUUGGAAAUAUCAUAUAACACGAUGGAAGCCCAAGCCGUUGUGUAACACAAUAGCAAUUGGAAACUGUCAUGCUGCUGGGCUGAUUUGCUACGUUUCAAGGAGGUGCGAUCGGAAUUCCUGCCAUUGUUUAGGCAGGACGCUGCAUUUCAUAGGACGUCAAACAAUUCGCGCACCGCAAGGGCAGGUUUCCUGCGUGACCACGGCAUUCGUGCAGAAUCCUGAGUGUUCCGAGAGAACGCUGCCAGACUGUCUCGGGGUUCGAUCGGAACGUAGUCCUAUUGUUCUCGCCGAACGCCCGGCUACUCGGGAUUCCAUCCUCCCUUCUUCUGUCGCUUCGACUGAUAGCCGUGUUCACUCGCCACUUAUCCGAGCUCGACCACGCAGCAAAACCUCCUCCUGUCCAGCGCGGUCAUUUAAAGGGCCCCCUGCAUCAAGCACUCGAGCCUCGACUUGAUUCCCGGAAGUGACGGCCCCUCUGUGGCUACUGGAGAUCGCUGGAAGAUGGCGGCUGGAUACAAUGCUGCGCUGUGAGAUGGAGCAUCCAAUUGAGACACAACAGAGGAAUACUUCAGACUUAUAACUAAGGACUUUGACCUCUGACUCCCUGAGGAUUUCCUAUCUGAGCUUUUGGAUCUUUGAAUGGAAAUCUAUAGUAGUUGACACAAUGGCCCAGAUAUCCAGCAGAAAUGGGUUCAAGCAGUCUACCUCUUCAACAGUGGGCCACUCUGGGAAGCGAGCUGUUGGCAAAGAGGAAGCCCUGCAAAUGGAGGCGGAGGCCUUGGCGAAGUUGCAGAAGGAUAGACUUCAGAGCCUAAAGGAAGAACAUCCAGUCAAGUCUGCCAGCAGUGCUUGCUCAAAGUCACCAAACACCAAGCAGGAGUAUGAUCUCAUUCACUUUCCAGAGGCAGAAAACUCAAAAAAACAAGCUGCCACACUGUCUGAUCAGGAUAUCAUGAAACUAACUUCAGCUGAACUAGAAAAAUUGCUGUUGGACAAAAGCUUUGGCCCUAAAAAUAUAACCCGACCACACACGUUACCAAAUACUCCUCUUGUGAGCCCGUCGUUCUCUAGCCAAUUUUACAACCGGGCACCUUUCUCUGGGAGUCAGUGGACAGGUGGGUUACAGAGGCCUGUAGUCCAAACAACUGGUUACCAUGCAACAUCUGUGACAUUCCCUAAACCACCUGAUCUAUUUCAGAAUGGCUUUUGUCCUGGACAGUCUUCAUACCGUCCUUCAGAAUCUAUGUACGUUGGCCUUCAUGCAAAGCCGUACAUGUCCUUCCCACUCCAGCCUGCUACACCUGUACACCCUGCAGGUGCUCUCCCUGUUUAUUCACCAGUCACGCCUGAGCUUGCAAAAUUAUAUGAUAAAAUAGCCAGCACAUCAGAAUACCUGAAAAACAGCAAAUCGAACAAUGAUUUGGAAUCUACCAGCACGAUGAUUCCUAAGCUGCCAGAUUGUGAAAACUUGAACGAUGUUAGCAAAUUUGAUUGGCUGGAUCUUGACCCACUCAGCAAAGCAAAGAUUGAAAACGUAGAGCCCUUACAAAAUGCAGCAGAGGCUGAGCAAAAGGUAGACACGGGUGCUGCAGCUGGGGAUCCUUGGGAGCAAGUGUUGCAAAAGCAGACUUCAUCAGAAAGCUUCCAGCCCAGUGCUAAGAUUGAAGAGACAUUAUUUAAGCAGCCAACUGGAAAAUCACAAUCUGGACCUUCAGUUACACGUAGUUUGUCCCUUAACUUGCGGUCUACAAGUUCGCAGUUUUCCCACAGAGUGCAAGAACCAAACACCAAAACAUUACAGGAUGAAAAUGGGACCAAUAAUGAUCUUUCAGGAGAAAAAUAUCUUGAACAAAUCAGUUCACAAAAUUGGGAAGUGUCAGCUUUUUGGCAAGAAGUUAUUAAGUUACGAUCCAAAUUUCCAUUUACUAACCACUCCACCAAUCCAGGUUAUGUUUUGAGUCCUGUAAUGCUUCACCGUGACAUGAAUGGAGAAAAUGCAAGUGUGAAAGUCUCCAUAGAAAUUGAAGAAUUUCAGCAGCCAGUCACAUUCACCUGUGAUGUAAGCUCUCAUGUAGAGCUUAUUAUAAUGCAGGCUCUGUGCUGGGCUCAUGAUGACCUAAAUAAGGUUGACAUUGGGAGCUACAUAUUGAAAGUCUGUGGACAGGAGGAAGUCUUACAGAAUAAACACUGCUUAGGAAGCCAUGAGUACAUUCAGAACUGCCGAAAAUGUGACACUGAGAUCAAGCUGCAGCUAUUAAGCCACAGUACCAUAUGCAGGGCUCUGGCCCGUACGGCAGAAGAUGACGAUGUACCUACAGAUUUCACAAAGUAUCUCUAUCGGUUGGAAAAGCCCUUCAAACAAAUUACUACAAGGCAACGUCUUGCUGAACUUCUGGAAGCCUAUCAUAAGCGGGGAAAAAGCAGUUCUUCCAAAAGGAAAGUAGGUAUUAAUCUGGGAAAACAAUACAAAAUGGUGGAACAGAUUAUCCAAUCUGUAAAGGACAUUUGCAGUGCAUUGGAUGGUGCAGAGACCAAGGCUGUCACUGAUGCUGUAAAGAAAUUAAAACGGGUUGUUAAUCUACCAAAAAGUAAAACUGUUGAGGUUAAAUCAAAAGAGAGUGGCGAUUCAUCAAAUGUUGCAAAGAAUGGAUCUUCACCUGCAGUAAAUCCUCUGAAGGCAAGCAUCCAUGACUUAACAUUGGCUGUCUAUGACCUGCUACAACUCUACUUGAGUUCCUUUAGCAACAGGCCUGGGUGCCACUGGGAAUCUCCACAGAGUGCUAAGUGCACAAAGGAAGCACGGACCACAUCAGAACACCUGCAGUUCACACUGUUUGCAGCACAUAGAAUUCCGGGGAUAUGGGUCAGCAGUUUUGAGAAAUACUUCUUGAUAUGUUCAUUGACACACAAUGGGAAGGAUCUACUUAAACCAGUGCAAUCCAAGAAGGUUGGGACAUAUCGCAGUUUUUUCUACCACAUCAAAUGGGAUGAGCUAAUCAGCUUCCCUGUUCAGAUUUCACAGUUGGCCCUUGAAUCAAUGCUAAGUCUUAGUUUGUAUGGAGUUCCGAAUCCCUCAGCAGCUGGAUCACCGGAUUCAAACAAACAAAGGAAGGGACCAGAGUACCUUGGUCGAGUCUCUAUGCCUCUCUUUGACUUUAAUCGUGUGUUGACAAGUGGAAGAAAGCUACUUGGUCUCUGGACAUCAGACUUUGGAAAUACAGGUGGUGGGACCGUCAAUAAAAAGGGGAGCUCAAUGGAAAGAGUUGUGUUACAGGUGGAUUUUCCAUCAUUCGUGUUUGAUAUUCUCUACUAUCCUCCAGAGUCCAGCCGAAUGAUUGAGCUUGGGUUUGAAACACUUGAUCAAGGUUUCCAGAAACAGCUGCUUGACGUGUUUGCUAAAGACUUGACUCUUGAACUGUCCAAGACAGAGAAAGAACUUUUGUGGGAUAAGAGGCAGUACUGCUUUUCCCAUGUUAACAGCCUUCCCAAGAUUCUUGCUAGUGCACCAAGUUGGGACUGGGAUGCUCUACCAGAGAUCUACUCUCUUCUCCAUCAAUGGACACCACUCCCUCCCAUCUCUGCUCUGGAGCUACUGGAUUCCAAGUUUGCAGAUAAAGAAGUGAGAAGUACAGCAGUGAAUUGGAUUGAACAAAUGACUGACGAUGAACUGGUUGAUUAUCUGCCUCAAUUUGUGGAGGCUGUGAAGCAUGAGUGUUACCUGGAUAAUGCCUUAGUGAAAUUCCUUUUAUCUCGAGCUCUGGGGAAUGUUUGUGUAGCACACCACUUAUACUGGCUGUUGAAUAAUGCACUUCAUGACCCAUAUUUUGGGGUACGUUACGAACUCCUUUUGGGUGCCCUACUUUGUAUAUGUGGGAAGGGCUUAAGAGAAGAGUUUGAAAUGCAGACCAGACUUGUACGGAAACUGGGAGUGGUAGCAGAGAAAGUUCGCCAAGCCAGUGGAUCAGCAAGGCAGGCUGUCCUUCAGGAAGGCAUGGAUCGUGUACAGACAUUCUUCAAAAAUAAGUGUCGAUUGCCUCUCAACCCAAGCCUUGUAGCAAAAGAAUUAAAUGUUAAGGCUUGCUCCUUCUUCAACUCCAAUGCAGUUCCACUAAAGUUAACAUUGGUGAAUGCUGACCCACUGGGGGAUGAAAUCAAUGUUAUGUUUAAGAUUGGGGAAGAUUUGCGACAAGACAUGCUGGCACUCCAGAUGAUCAAGAUUAUGGACAAAAUCUGGCUUCAGGAGGGAUUGGACUUGCGCAUGGUCAUUUUCAAAUGCAUCUCCACAGGGAAGGAUAGAGGUAUGGUUGAACUUGUACCAGCUUCAGAAACUCUUAGAAAAAUCCAGGUUGAGUAUGGAGUAACUGGCUCCUUUAAGGAUAAACCACUAGCUGAGUGGCUUAGGAAAUACAAUCCCACAGAAGAAGAAUAUGAGAAGGCAUCUGAAAACUUCAUCUAUUCAUGUGCGGGAUGCUGCGUAGCUACCUAUGUGCUGGGGAUAUGUGAUCGCCACAAUGACAACAUCAUGCUCAGGUCAACUGGCCACAUGUUCCAUAUAGAUUUUGGGAAAUUUCUUGGACAUGCACAGAUGUUUGGAAGUUUUAAAAGAGAUAGAGCUCCUUUCGUGCUGACCUCUGAUAUGGCUUACGUAAUCAAUGGUGGGGAGAAGCCAACCAGCCGAUUCCAGUUGUUUGUGGAUUUGUGCUGUCAGUCGUAUAAUCUCAUCCGCAAGCAUGCCAACCACUUCCUGAAUCUCCUGUCACUGAUGCUGUCUUCUGGAUUACCUGAGCUCACCAACAUACAGGAUCUGAAAUAUGUCCAAGAUGCACUGCAGCCCCAGACCACUGAUGCUGAAGCCACCAUCUUUUUCACCAGAUUGAUAGAAUCCAGCUUGGGCAGUAUGGCCACCAAGUUUAACUUCCUCAUUCACAACCUGGCACAGUUGCGGUUUUCAGGGUUACCAUCCAAUGAGCAAGCCAUCCUCUCGUUCUCUCCUAAAACGUAUUCUCUCAAACAAGAUGGGCGAAUCAAAGAAGUGACCGUUUACACCUACCAGAAGAGGUACAACCCUGACAAGUACUAUAUAUAUGUGGUGAGGAUAUUGCGGGAAGGACAGAUUGCACCAAUGUUCAUCUUCAGAACGUUUGAUGAAUUCCAAGAGCUCCACAACAAACUAGGCAUCCUCUUUCCACUGUGGAAGCUUCCAGGCUUCCCCAACAAAGUGGUCCUCGGCCGAACUCACAUUAAGGAUGUGGCCUCCAAGCGGAAGGUGGAGCUGAACAAUUAUGUGCAAUGUCUGAUGAAUAGCUCGACUGAAGUAGCUGAGUGUGAUCUCGUCUACACCUUUUUCCACCCACUAGGCCGGGAUGAAAAGGCUGAAGGAAUAGAUGGAAUAGUCAAGCCUGCAGAAAUAGUUCCACCUUCAGCCAAUUCAGGUCAAGUAGGUGGAGAAGUUAAACUGUCCAUUUCAUACAGGAACAGCACACUAUUCAUCAUGGUAAUGCACAUACGAGACUUGGUUACUGAAGAUGGAGCAGAUCCAAAUCCUUAUGUAAAAACUUACUUGCUUCCUGAUCCACACAAAAUAACCAAGCACAAAACAAAGGUAUCAAGGAAAACACGAAACCCAACCUACAAUGAAAUGUUGGUGUACAGUGGAUACAGUAAAGAAUCGCUCAAACAGAGGGAGUUACAGCUCAGCGUGUUAAGUGCAGAGUCAUUGCGUGAAAAUGUUUACCUUGGUGGCACUACGUUAAUCCUGAAGGAAUUUGACUUGAGCAAGGAAACCAUUAACUGGUACAAAUUGACUGCUGCAUCCAGUGGGUAACUGACCACUCCCCUCCCUACCAUGCCUUGCACAAAGUAUGUGAAAAGUGAAACAAUUUGCAAAGAGAAAUCCAACCAGACUCCUACAAUUUACUUGAAAGAAGACUUUAACUGUGGUCAAACAGCAAUUUCAGCUGAUGCACAUCGCCAGUGGACCAAUCAGUUUGAUGAAAUCACAAAGAAUAUAGUUGCAUGCACUUAAUGUCACCUUCAUCUAAUAUCUUUUUUCUUAAUUUCUCUGAUUAAAGGAUGGUGGGAAAUUGUGUGUGCCAAAUGAAACUGUAGAAGCACUUAACAAUUUACAGUGUGAAACAAUGCCUUUCUCUGUUAUGGCUCCAAACUCUCAAUUAAAUUCAAGGUGCUAAAUUCACUGGCUUACUCAGACAUGUGCUGUUCCCUGGGAAAUAUUACAAGUAAGACCAGGCACAAGGAUAUUAAUUGCUGUAACUUCAUGUCACUGGGCUGCUUUUAGUGGAAAUGAAAACAAAAAGGAUACAAGUGUUACUGCCCCAAAGAUUAUCUGUUAAAACCCAAGUAGAAUAUAUGCUCUUUGAAGGAGAUCUUUCAUUUGUGGUGGUGUGGCCUCCAUGUUUUCUGUGGUUUUUGCCAUUGAAGAAGAUCCAGGACGAAUGACCCUGCAGGCAGACAUAACAAGUAAUAACUCAAAAACGAACAAAAUGAGUGCAUGGAAAGGCUUGAUUAAGUAUCUCAGACAUGGUCAUGAAAUAAUAAUUGUGUGAAAGGUGAAGCUGAACAGUGAAUGCCAAAGUAUAAAAGUGAAGUUAUGAAUUAAAUUGCAGUACUUUAUUCUUGGGUCCAAAAUCUGAGUUGAGAGAAUCUGUGACUUUGCAGUCACAUAAAUAAGUAUUGCUAAUAGCAAAAUUCAAAAGAUUUCAACUAUUAGAUGAAACGUGGAUUUCUUGGGAUGUAUUUUCUCUCUUGCUUUGCUGUUACAGUACUAGACUGCAUGCAGAAGAAUAAGUUGUAAAAAUUGAAAAGGCACAUCAAAUAUGCAAGUGGGUUUCACCUGUGGUUAUAUUUUUUUGUUGCUGUAAUUCUUGCAGAAAAGCACCAUGAGUAGCAAUUUUAUAAGCUACAGUUUACUUUCUAACACACCUCAGUCGCUUGACUGAUAUUCUGGGGUUAAAAUCAAUAUGUUGCCAGAAAAAAUUCCUGAAGGAUGACAAGCCACGUAGGGAAGUGCAAUGGAAAUAAUAGGGGUAAAGACUUUUCUGAGAAGUGUGUAUGUGUUUAUUUCCAAGAUUUGGUGAAAAUACAAAAAAAAAUCUGGGGAAGGUUUGCUAACACUUCCACUGCACCAGAAUGGUUAAUUGUACCUUCCUUUUAACCAUCUGCCUUUCAGCCAUGCCCUGCACAUGACACUCAGUUCAUGUACCACUGGACUGCAUUCCUAGGCAACAUUUUUGCUGCUGCAUUGUGUGCAAGCUUCGGCAGUUAACUGUGGAAAUGUGGAAUUGUUCAAGGCAGUAAAAUGGAAGGUGGAUGUAUUUCCUCAAUUCAACUCGUCUUCUCUCACAGCAGAGUUGAAGUCGGUCUUAAAACUGGCAGACUUGACAUUUGCCCCAGUCUGUAAAUAACUCUGCAGAAGCCCACAGUUGCUGCAAACUUGCAGUUGCCUCUGCAACCAUGGGUACCUCUGAAUGAUAGAUUUGCACAAACUGACCAAGUAGUAUUUUGUUUCUUUAAAAUGUCUUGCCGACUUAGUGUUUGUUGACUGCAUCAAGAGCAGAAUAAUUUACUUAAAUGCUUUGACUGUUCUAAUCUUAGAGGUUUACAGCUCUUUCGAUGAUUUUUUUCCCCACUUCUAUCCAAAUAUUGAUUUGUUGCAUAUAUCACAGCUUAGUUUGCACCAGGUAAAUGUCAUGUGUCUGUUGCCAAUUUAUUUAAUAGGUUGUCUUAAACGAACCAAAUUCAGAUCUGUAACAUAGCAUGUUUCAGUCUCAAAUGUGUGAACAUCACCUUGGGGUUCCAAGUUUGAUUUUUUUUUAAUGAUUGCAUAUAUUCCACCGAAAAUACACUACUUUCAACUUCAAGACAGUAGAUAUUAAAAAAUAUGAAUUUUGAUUGAUUUUUAAGUAAGAUCCAGACAAAAAUAUUGAUCCUGAACAGCAGAAAAAAUGGUGCACCAUUUCUAUGUUGCACCUGUUUUCUUAAAAGAAGAUCAUUUUUGUGCCUUGCUCAACCUUUCUAGCUGAGUGUCUGCACAUCAAUUACUUAUUAAACAUAACUUUUAUAUGGUGAAAAUGAAAUUUAGCUGCUCAUGUCUAUUUUAAUGUAAAUAAACUUGUCCUUAACAUUUAAAAAUUCUAUAUCUACACCCUUAUUGAAGAUGAAUAAAUAACCAUUAAAAUUAAUAGGUGAUUGUUCAUGAUUUCCCAAGCUGACGAGAGUUUCAAAUGGGUAGUUUCAACAGAACCACCUUCACAAUAGCUGAAUGUGAAACUAAAGCAUUAAUUUUCACUACAGUAGGUUGAAUUUAGGAGAAAAGCAAAAUUUAAACAUUAAAUGGUAAUAAACUGCCUUUAUGUAUUACUUAUACUAUCAUUGAAAAAUAUUUGCAGAAGUUCUUAAAUGGGAGACAGUGAAAUUUUGCAUAUGACUUGUGUAGGGGACAGGAGGUCCCACUGUUAACAUAAUUUGAUGACAUUUCAUUUUGCCGCCACUUGAUGCUAUGCUGUAUUAAUUGUAAAUGUAGCAAAACAAAAAGCAUAGUGGGGAGCAAAAUUGUUGCCUUGACUGAUCUAUACCGCCUUUAGAUCUAAGAACCAAAUGUAUGUCCUGAUCAUGUUUUUUCUUUAACUAAAUGAAGAUGUACAGUAUUUCUAUCCAAAUCCUGUCCACAUCCUAAUGGACUAAAUGUGACUCCAUAACUGUUAAAUAUAUAACUUGUUUUUAAUAAAGUCGG